CGUCACUGUUUGUGCUGACGCGGCGUAAGCGCUUCAUCCAUUAGGAGCACCUACGUGUCUGUCUCUUUUCAGCCGUGCUAAGGAUCGGAGAGGAGGAAAGACUAUAGCCAUGGCACCCAAAGGAAGCAACAAACAGCAGUCAGAGGAGGAUCUCCUCCUGCAGGACUUUAGCAGGAAUCUGUCCGCUAAAUCCACGGCGCUUUUCUACGGCAACGCUCUCAUCGUGUCCGCGAUCCCGAUCUGGCUUUUCUGGAGGAUCUGGCAUAUGGAUUUGGUCCAGUCCGCAGUGCUGUAUGCAGUCAUGACCUUAGUCAGUACAUACCUGGUUGCCUUCGCUUACAAGAAUGUCAAAUUUGUCCUUAAGCACAAAGUGGCCCAGAAACGUGAAGAUGCUGUGUCCAAGGAAGUGACCCGCAAGCUCUCUGAGGCCGACAACCGCAAAAUGUCCCGCAAAGAGAAGGACGAGAGAAUCCUUUGGAAGAAGAAUGAGGUCGCUGAUUAUGAGGCCACAACUUUCUCCAUCUUUUACAACAACACUCUGUUCCUCUUGCUUGUCAUUGUUGCCUCUUUCUUCCUGUUGAAAAACUUCAAUCCAACAGUCAACUACAUUCUGUCCAUUAGCGCCUCUUCAGGUCUGAUCGCCCUGCUGUCUACAGGGUCCAAAUAAGAGACUGAUCACAUCAGGAGAAGAUGAGGAACAAACAAAUGAAAUGAUUGAGUUAGGGGAGGGAAUUAAAGAAGGGUUGUUUUCUUUUUGGGAGGGCAUUUAUCAUUUCGUCUCUAAAACUUUCAUGAAAUUCAUGAUCGAUAAAUGCUGAAAGGCCUUCUUUUUUACGUCUGGACUUUUUUUGUUUUGUACAAAUAAAUGGCAGUUGAGA